UUUUCGAACAGGCUUUCCUAGAGCAGAUGCCUGACGACAUCCGCCUGCUCCUUGCUGGUUCGGAUUUCGCCGAACCCCUGCAGCUCGCUGAACGGGCCGACGGCCAGUGGCUCGCGAAGCAGCAAGAUGGUGGAUACAACUGGGUGUCCACGUCCUCGCACCAGCAACCUCGCAGAGACGUGCAGCCCUCCGCUGCCAUCGCCGCACCACAGCCGCCUGCCGGAGACCAUGGGACUUGCACCGGACUCUGCUACAGCGGGUUUAUGAGGGUCCUUUCUGGGUGUUGCGCCCCAGCAUUGUGUCGUUUCUUUUGGAUGUCGGAGAGAUCAUUUCAGUCGCUCACCUCAAGCCCGCCCAUCUGGAUAUCGAUAGCGGUGGCUCAACCCCGGCGUAGAGGACAUCCGCCUGUCGUCCCAGUUGCACCUGUUGUGCCUGUUUCUCCUGCAUCUAUAACAUUUGCUGGCUCUGUUCCGCCAGUUCCGCCUGUACCGCCGGCUGUGCCCCUCGUUUCCACUCGGUCCGGUCACCUCAUUCCAUCUCCCGCUCGGUUCUUUACCUCGGGUUCUGGGGAGGGUCCUGUAGCGGCACCUAGUGGUGGCUUGAGGCAAUGUGAACCCUCGCUAUUGGCUGGCGCCAUCACGUGAUCGCGGGUGUGUUUUCGUGGGCUUUUGCUUCCUCAGUUGAUCGAGCUCCACCCGUGUAACAGGAGCUUCAAGAUAUUUGGCUGACCCAGCACGCGGUUGUGUUAUACUUCUUUUGUUUGUCGUUACAAAUAAAGGU